AUGACGACGAUGCGCGUGUACAGGCCGGGCGACGCCUUUGUCGCCGAGACCGGCACGGGCGGCGGCGGCCGCACGUUCCGCUCGUCGCCGCAGACGAGGAUCGCGGCGGCGUUUCGCUCCGAGCUGAAGGACUGCAAGCGCAUCGUCGUGAAGCUGGGCAGCGCCGUGAUCACGCGCGACGACGAGUGCGGCCUCGCGCUCGGUCGCCUAGCUAGCAUCGUCGAGCAGGUUUCACAAAUGCAUAAUGAAGGGAAGGAGAUACUGAUGGUGACAAGUGGAGCCGUCGCAUUCGGCAAGCAGCAUCUUAGGCACCAGAUAAUGAUGUCAAUGAGCAUGCGACAGACGUUAAAUCAAAGCGCCUCUAGGUUAGAACAGUCUGGUAGUUCGAUGGUGGAUCCGCGUGCGUGUGCUGCCGUUGGUCAGAGUGGACUCAUGUCUCUUUAUGAUAACAUGUUCGCUCAGUAUGGUGUCAUAGUAUCACAGGUGAGUCAUGUGUGUUGGGUGACCAAACCAGAUUUCUACAAUGAAAUCACUCGCGCAAAUCUACAGUCAACGAUGAUGGAGCUGAUGCGACUGAAAAUCCUACCCAUCGUAAAUGCCAAUGAUGCAGUGGCUCCACCUGCUGAACCAGAUAAGGAUCUUUCAGGGGUGAUCAGUGUGAUCAGCGUGAAGGACAACGACAGCCUCGCGGCGCGCCUCGCCGUCGAGAUGCACGCCGACCUGCUGCUGCUGCUGUCCGACGUCGACGGCAUCUACACGCACCCGCCGGGACUCGACGGCUCGCGCCUGCUGCACACGUUCAACCCCGCCAGCGACAUGCCGUCGAUCGUCUUCGGAGAGAAGUCGCGCGUCGGCCAGGGCGGCAUGGAGAGCAAGGUGAAGUCUGCUGCCUGGUGUCUGGAACGCGGAACGUCCGUCGUCAUCUGCAAUGGCGCAGCGAAGAACAACAUUCUGAACAUCGUUCAGGGCAAGAAGGUCGGAACGUUCUUCACUUCCAACAUGGCGACGGCGGUGCCGGUCGAUGUGCAGGCCAUGAAUGCGAGGGAUGGAGGCAGGAAGCUGCUGGCACUGCCCGCGAGCGAGCGCGCCGACAUUGUUCACACCAUCGCCAACCUGCUCGUCGAGCGCAAAGCCGAGCUUCUGCAGGCCAACAAGCAGGACAUAGAAGCCGCGAGGCGGUCAGGUCUGGCUUCCCCAAGUCUCGCGCGGCUUGUGUUGAGUGAUUCAAAACUUCAAAGUCUAUCAGACGGUCUUCACCAGAUUGCAGACUCUUCGCACAAGAACGUUGGACGGGUCCUAAAGAAAACAAAGAUUUCCACUGGCAUGGUACUGCAGCAGGAAACUGUUCCAAUUGGUGUUUUGCUGGUGAUAUUUGAGUCCCGUCCAGACUGUCUCCCUCAGGUGGCAGCACUAGCUAUUAGUAGUGCCAAUGGUCUGCUGCUGAAGGGAGGCAAGGAGGCAUUGCAUUCCAAUCGCUUCCUACAUAGCCUAGUGCAAGAGGCACUGGACAAGUAUAAAUGCAAGGAUGCUGUAGCCCUGAGAAAUGGUUUCAACCUGCGGCGAUGCAACACGUUGAGAGAUGCGAAGUGUGACUAUCCGGCAGCAUGCAAUGCCAUGGAGACAUUACUCAUUCACAAAAACCUCGUCAAGAACGAGUUUUUCGACCAUCUCACCGACAUGAUGCGGGCAGAGAAUGUGAUCAUCCACGCUGGGCCGCGGCUGGCGCGCAUGCUGAAGUUCGGGCCGUCGCCGGCGCGCUCGCUGCGUCUCGAGUACGGCGCGCUCGAGUGCGCGGUUGAGGUCGUCGGCUCCGUCGACGAGGCGAUCGACCACGUCAACACGUACGGCAGCUCGCACACGGAGACGAUCGUCACCGAGGAUGAGGAAGCUGCGGCCUUGUUCACGAAAGGCGUUGACAGCGCGUGCGUCUUUCACAACGCGAGUACGAGGUUCGCAGACGGCUUUAGAUUUGGUUUGGGUGCCGAGGUGGGCAUCAGUACGUCGCGCAUCCACGCGCGCGGGCCCGUCGGCGUCGAGGGACUGCUGACGACCAAGUGGGUGCUGCGCGGCUCCGGCAACGCCGUCACCGACUUCAACGACUACGGCCUCAAGUACACACACGAGGCGAUGCCGCUCGACGACUGAUAGGGUUCCUGGCCUCACGUCUGUGCGCGGCGGAAAGGCGGAUUUGAGCAGUCGCAAGACUGACGGGCCUCCUUUGCUCGCCUUCAUGCUGUUUAUAUAUCCAUAUAUUCUAUAUAAAAAUAUUAUUAGUCAUCCCCGACUCUCCCUUUGUCUG